AUGAACCCCAACAGCAUGGGGGCGCAGUCUGCCGGCAGCCACAGCGGUGACAGCAGCAGCAGUGACGCCACCUCCAGUAACCAUGGCAACAACGGCUCAUCCUCCCUGACCCAUGACAUCCACGGAGGUACCUUGUUUUUUUUUUUUUUUGGUGUUUUUUUUAAACCUGUCAUUGCUGUUCGUUCCUCCUAUUAAAUAUCACAAAGUGAACAUUUCUUUGUGUUACACUUUGGACCGGAGAGCUAGAAUGUAGUGCACUGCUUAAUCUUGCGACACAUGUUGAUGCUUUUAAAGAUUUUUUUUUUUUUUAGAUCAUCUUACCUUCUAAAAAUAUAAUUUUCGUUAAAAUUUUUCAAAAUUCUAUUUUUAGAUCAUCACCUUACAUUUGCGAAAAGAGGGUGGAAGAAAAACAAAUCUUUGCUAAUUUUUUUUUUUAUACCUGGCGAAAGCUACGGUCUUGAUAAAAUUGAAAACCAAAUUUAUCAAUUUUAAUCAAUAAGUGUUUCACAAGUGAUACAAGCAUAUAAGUCGUGCGUAUUUGAUUGUGUUUGAAGCGAGCACUCACACCCCUUUGAAGCAAAGCAAGACCCUGAAUCAGUUUACUGAUCGCUGUUUUUCCAACUCCCUCCCUAGGCAUGACGGUGCUGCCCGGACCGCCUUCCUACGGCAGCUUCCCCCAGGUGACCAUGGCCUACGGACAUUACAACCUCUACGACAAGGUGGGCGUCAUGCCGUCCAUGGCCAAGGAUGGGGGUGAGUGAUGGCAUCUGUUGUUGUUUUGUUUUUGUUUUAUCUCACGUGGCAGAAUCUAGUCACCUGAAUCUAGUCACCUGAAUCUAGUCACCUAAAUCUAGUCACCUGAAUCUAGUCACCUGAAUCUAGUCACCUGAAUCUAGUCACCUAAAUCUAGUCACCUAAAUCUAGUCACCUAAAUCUAGUCACCGUGCACAUUAUUUUCACUUUAACGUCUUUGUGGACAAGAAGAUGAUGGUCAAAACAAGUUUCUUUCAGUUGAUAAAGCUGACACAUCAUCUGUAAAUACAAACACAGUCAUUCAUGGGGUGAUGACAAACACAGACAUUCAUGAGGUGAUUACAAACUUAGACAUUCAUGAGGUGAUUACAAACAGACAUUCAUGAGGUGAUUACAAACACAGACGUUCAUGAGGUGAUUACAAACACUGACAUUCAUGAGGUGAUUACAAACACAGACAUUCAUGAGGUGAUAUCAAACACAGAAAUUCACUAGGUGAUUACAAACACAGACAUUCAUGAGGUGAUUACAAACACAGACAUUCAUGAGGUGAUUACAAACACAGACAUUCAUGAGGUGAUUAGUCGGUGUUUUGUUCUCUUAAUUAAAUGUCAUAUUUCUGACAACUCUUAGUUUGAUAAGGGAAAAUUCUAUUGUCAAAAAACUGUCACCUUAUUUGCGGUGCAGGCUUGUACCAGUUCAAUAAGAUCAUUUUUGUUUUGGUUUGAAUUUAAUUAACUGGAUGUUUUCUUUCCUUAUAAUCUGGUGCUAAUGCUAAUAGUCUGAUCAUUACCCAUGAUUCAGUGCUGGGACCGUUACCAGAAGCCACACGAUUAGAGGAGGGAGGGGGCAGGGAGCAUGCUGUCAUUUUCCCCUCGGUGAUCUGUUGACAGAGUGGGCAGUAGCUCAGCCUCUAGCUGGAAAAUCUGAACAGAACUUUUUUAUUCCACACUCCGGGGUAGGGGCUUAGUAGAUUGCAUGGCUUGUUUGACUGUUUGGUUAGGAACCCCCAGUGUAUUUUGGUUUCUCUGGGUAGGGGCCUCAGUCCAUAACUUAAUUGUGUAGGGGCCUUAGUGAAUAGCUUUAUUGGAUAGGGGCCCCAGUGUAUAGCUCACAUGGGUAGGGGGCCCCAAUGCAUUGCUUUACUGGUCAUGGCCCCCAAGUGCACUGUUUUCUUCAUUAAUGACGAUGCAGGAAGGAUUCAGUGAAUGGCUUCUUUGAAGUUCCAAUUAUCAUCCUGAGUUGCAAAUUCUAUUGUCAGCUUAUUCACAUGUGGGGGGCACUAAUUAAUUAACUUUCCUUAUUAAAUCUCGUCAAAUCAAAUCCCUUUUUUUUCAUAAAAUCAUAUUUAUAUAAGAAUUUUUGUGCCAUUGUUUACAAAUUAAUUCCGUGUGUUCAUAAUGUUAAAGAGAAAUUGUUCAAUCGGUGGUUCUCAAAAGUAUGAGAUGUAACAUCUUUAAGAUCCAACAUGCCUGUUGUCCAGUCUUCAUUGAAAAUAAUUUACAAGGAUAACUGGAAAGGACCAAAGUCCAAUAAAAUAUUGUGUCCUGUCCUGGUGGCCUCAUAGGCUCUUAAAUGUUUUGCCAGGCAGGACCAUCAUCACAUGCAUCCUCUAGGGCAGGCCUGCACAAUCUACGGCCCGCGGGCCACAUGCGGCCCGCCAGCACCCACGUUGCGGCCCGCGAAGUAACGAAAUAUUCUUAAUUAUUAUUAUUUUCUUAAUAACUUCCCCUCACCUGUACUAUUUUCUUUCGGCCUGCACAAGUUUUUUUUCAAAAAUCAUUACGGCCCGCUUUAAAUUUUGAGUUGUGCAGGCCUGCUCUAGGGGCCCCACCGACAGCUAGACAAUCAUCUCCACAAUCUCAGUGGUAGAAUAUACUUGACUCGGUUAACGAAGUUAGAGUUGGUAGGAAUAACUCAAGACUAUCACCACAGAUCUAAUACAAUAAACUUGGCACUCCACUGCCAUCAGUGGCGCUCCACUGCCAUCAGUGGCGCUCCACUGCCAUCAGUGGCGCUCCACUGCCUUCAGUGGCACUCUUGUGGCUCUGUCAGGGAAUUCUCAAUAAGAUUUUUUUUUUUAAAAUGCCCGGGACAUGUUUCCCACUGAUUGGUUCCUUGUGUUAUUUGUUUAUGAAGGAAGACCGAAAAAAAACGUUAGUUCAACAUUUUCCACAACUGCUUCAGUUGAUAUGACUAAUAGUUAAUUUCGAAGGCCGUGAUCCACUCACUGCCUGAGGGGGCACUUGUUCCCAGUUUGAGGUUCACUCAUAAGAAUGCCGCAAAUGAUUACUUCUUUCACCGCACCCCAUAACCACUACAGACAAAAAAAAGGUUGUUUGUCUUUUGUCUUGGGGGCUUUAACUCAUCUCAAGACCACAGAGCUAUAACUUGCCAGGUAUUGGUCAGAUGACUAUUUCUCCGCUGUCAGGUGCCAAACAAGGUUUUCUUCAGUGCUAGAAUCACGGCAAUUUUAUUGGCUGUUUUAAACUGUUAGUGAGCUAUUUGGCAGAGUAUUUCUGAGUGUUGGGGACGUUUAUGUUGGAUGAGAUCGGAAUUUCAAGAAGGGGGAAGUUAUGGUUCUUAACUCUCUAUUUUGUAAAAAAUUAUUUUAAACAUUGUUAAAUUUUUAUCCUCUGACCUUGUGUAUUUUCCUAAAGUAAGCAUGUGUCUCAUUCAUUUGAGGAGAGUUCCAUAAUCACUCAUUUAUAUUGUUCAUGUUCAGUUGUGACUAUUUGGUCUAGGUCAGGACUCAGAGAUUUUCUCUGAUGCAAAUUAUGAAUACUUGUUUGUGCUGUACAGUUACUUAGGGUUGGAGUUAUAGACUGUGAGGAGUUUUAGACCUGGCUUGAUAACUGUGAGGAGUUAUAGGCCUUGCUUGAUGACUGAGGAGUUAUAGGCCUUGCUUGAUGACUGUGAAGUGUUAUAGGCCAUGCUAUAUGACUGUGAGGAGUUAUAAGCCUUGCUUGAUGACUGUGAGGAGUUAUAGGCCUUGCUUGAUGACUGUGAGGAGUUAUAGGCCUUGCUUGAUGACUGUGAAGUGUUAUAGGCCUUGCUAUAUGACUGUGAGGAGUUAUAAGCCUUGCUUGAUGACUGUGAGGAGUUAUAGGCCUUGCUUGAUGACUGUGAGGAGUAAUAGGCCUUGCUUGAUGACUGUGAGGAGUAAUAGGCCUUGCUUGAUGACUGUGAGGAGUAAUAGGCCUUGCUUGAUGACUGUGAGGAGUAAUGGGCCUUGCUUGAUGACUGUGAAAACUACUUCAAACCUGACAGCCAUCCAUUUAAAUGAAUACAUAUCUGUCUUUGAUUGUCUUGAUGGAAUCAAUAGGUUUAUAUGAUUAUCAAAACUAUUACUUAUCAUACACUUAUCAUGGACCGGCUACGGCGGAGUUUAAUCGUACACUAAUCAUACACUAAUCGUACACUAAUCAUACACUAAUAACCUGUCUCAUGUAAAGGUAGCUAUAAAAUCAUUUUAGUCAGUGUGUUAUGUGAUGGCGUCAUCUUAAGAUGAUGAAGUUGAACAUAUCCUAAGCUUCUUACACAGUCAGGAAAAAUUCAUCACACGGAGUAAUGAAAUAAAAAAAAAAUUUUGUUUGUUUUUUUUUCUUCUUUUUUUUUCUCUUUAUUGAUAAUUUGCAAAAAUAUCAUCUAAAUUUGAAAAUUUUUGCUUUUGGGCAUCCUUUACCUUGUGAGGACAUUUUCCUUCAAAUGGUAUGUCACCCCAGUUCAGUGAAGCUGUGGGGUUGUAACUAACUCAGGUAUAGGGUUGCUAUUGACUGUGGAUUUAUAUUAUCCCAAAGAUAGUACACACACUUGUUUUUGUUUUUUUCUUAAAUUUUUAUGUGCAUUCCCAAAAGAAGUUUACAGUAUCGACUCAUGACAAUUACACUGAUAUAUACAAAAUUGAAAUCGCAAUCAGUAAUGCCGAGAGCUUCUAUUAGUCACACCUAAGGUCUGCAUCACAAGCAAGUUUUCAAAUGGCGAGUUUUUUCCAUUGCUAUGCCUAGGCUAAAAACAUAUUUUUAAAUUUAUUUCGCUUUUAGCACCCCCCCCCCGCCCGCCCCCAUCAUCUGUGUUUUGCUGCUCUGAUAAGUGUGAAACAGACCUUAACCCCUGGUCAGCUAGCAUGGCCUACUUGUUCAUCCAUGUGAAGGGUUCAAGGGAAAUACCAGUGAUGUCAGGUUUUGAGAGUUUUGAGUAAAAUUAAUGAUAAAGUUUAAAAACUCCUCACAAAAGUAUAAAAAUGUCAAAACAUCUAAAUAUUUAUUAUUGACUACGCUGCUUUAUUCAGUUAGGGCGUAUGUGUCAUAUUAUUUUAUUGAAUGGAAUGUAGCCACACGGAAGAUAACUUGCAAAUUUAGAAAAAAACUGACAUCACUGGUUUUUUCCCUUGAGCCCUUCAUGUGUUUUUAACUAAUAUCUGUUUCCUUUAGUUAUGUGUUCACUAUUUGAGCAUGUCUGCAGCAGGAGUAAAUUAUGUGUACACUAUUAGAGCAUGUAUGCAUCAGCAGUAGAUUAUGUAUACAAUAGCCUAGGGAAUAUACUUAUUGCUAGAGUUUGACAUUUAUUCUCUUGGGAUCAUCCUAACCAGAAUUCCUCAUUUCAAAGCAUAUAAAAUCAACAAUUAUGUGUCCCUAACACACUGGCUUACAAUGGCCCUGCCUAGGUGGCUCCGUUAUAGUGUUAACUGACCAUUUAUUGCUGAUCUGGUGCUUGUUUUCUCCAGUGGUCAAGGGGUUAAGCAAUCAAUGCACACACAGACACCUCCCCAACCACCCUAAAAAUGCACCUGGCCGUUAUCUUAUCUUUGGGCAUUCCCGCUGGCCACAUAUCACAUAUAUAUAUCAGCAUCUUAACGUGGUUCUAAGAUGACUGUUAAAUCAUACGAUGAAACAAAACAAAAGGAAAUAAAGAAUUGGUUUUAGAGCGAUCAAAUUACUAUUUAAAUAUGCAGAAACCCACAAUUCAAUAAGAAAUUUCACAAAGCCAGUGAAGCUUUGUGACACAAUUAUAGAAUAGUGAGAGAUCAAAUAAGAUUCUAUUCUUGAUUCAUAUAAAUGAGAACGCGUUUUGAUGACAUUCUUUUUCAGCAUACUAAGACCGUAAACAUUCUGAUUUUUAAAAAAUAAUUUAUGCUAACUUGUACAAUUAUGAUGUAAGACAUUUAAAGUACAUUUUUUAAUCACAAAAAUAACUAUUCAUUUUUUCAAUUCUGUCCAACAGUUAUCACCACAAUAUUGAACAUUUUAACAAUAACCUUGCACCUGGUUGAGGAAUCGGCUAACCUCAGGCCAAAAAAACAUCUCCUUUGACAACCAAUAGAAACUCUAUUCCACAAACACGCUCCCAUGGAAACUAGAAUUUAGCAAUUUUCCACACAAGUUAGUGUCAAGUCUUCUUGGAAAAGUUUCAUUUAAUGAAAGGAUGCUGCACUUUUUUAUAAAUAUUUGUCAUUCCCUUUGAACAAAAAUGGAAAGCUUGAAGAUUGAUGUGUUAUUGUGUCAAAUAAUGUUUCCCAUGGUUGGUUAUUCCAGAAAUUGUCACUGCUCUCUACAGUGGUUCUCAAAAUUCUGAGUUUUGACCAGCAUUAAUUUAUGUAAAUUGCACUAGGACAAAUGUCGGGUAAAUUGAUAACUUUAUGUUUCAGGUUUUUUUUACACGCUUCACCUGGUGACUGAGGAUUGGGGUCAAGUGCUGAUCCAGACUUCACUUUUGAGAAGCACUGCAUCAGAAGAAGCUCAAAAUUUUUCUUUAACAUUUCUAAUCUCUAUGACCAUUUCUAAUCUCUAUGAAAUGAUAUUCUGAUAUUUCUUUAUUCCAGGCAAUAUGUACGACCCCAACAGCAUGUACGGGGCCAUCCACGGCAACUCCAUGCUGACAUCAGAGCCCAACAUGUCCCCUCCCCCCCCUCCCCGAAUCUACAAGCCUUGUGUUGUGUGCAACGAUAAAAGUUCUGGAUAUCACUAUGGAGUCAGUUCAUGUGAGGGCUGCAAGGUAAGAAGGUUGGAGGGGGGGGGGGGGGGGGUUGGGGGGUAAGUCAUGAAGAGGGGGGCAGGGUAAAAAAGAGGGGUUUUUAAGUAAAUGUUAGGAUUGAAUAACGAUAAAAGUUCUGGAUAUCACUAUGGAGUGAGUUCAGGGGAGGGCGGCAAGGUAAGAAGGGUGGAGGGGGGGGGGGUGGGGGCUGGGGAGUCAGUUCAUGAGAGGGGUGCAUGGUAAAACAGAGGAGAUUUUAAGUUAAUGUUAGGAUUGCAAGAAUGAGGGGUAAAAGGUAAGAGUGAGGAGGUCUUUUAUGUCACAAUUGUAUCAUUAAAUAUUAUUGUAUAAAUUCUUGUAAUCGCUGCCAAAAAAAAAAAUUGAUGUCUUUACUCAAUAAAAAAAAUAAGGACAUGCAUUUUUUUCUUUUUUAAAGUUUUAGUAAUUGAUUGUAGACAUUGAACCUGUAUUUGGUAUAAGAAGUAUGAAAUAAUAAUGCAUUUUCUAUCAGUUAUUAAUGAUAGGUUUGGUAACUUAUUUCUUUAACACUGUUUCAGGGAUUUUUCCGUCGAAGUGUCCAGAAGAACAUGCAGUACACGUGCCACAAAGAGAAGAACUGUGUGAUCAAUAAAGUGACCAGAAACCGGUGCCAGUAUUGUCGACUUCAAAAAUGUGUUGUGAUGGGAAUGUCUAAGGAAGGUAAGAAGUAAACUCCAGCAAAAGACAACCAGCCUUAUUUUAAAACCAUGAAAUAAUUACAUCUCCAAAUUAAAGUUUGUUAUUCGAUAGAAAACUGCUUUUAAAAUUAUUAUUUUUAAAGCCGAAUUAACGGUUUCAUUAAUUGUAGUUCUUAUUUUAUUAAUCUCACCUCAUGCUGUUAAUUUUUACCCGUUUAAAGGAAUGUAGCUACCAAAAGUAUUAUUAAAAUAGGUUAAUAUAUCAUUAAAAAAUUCUUUAAUAAAGAAUUAGUAAAGUCUCUGCUCAUGGUAAAGUGAAUAGAAAAUUAAUUUAAAAAGAAAAAACUUACUGUAGUUAUUAGAAUUAAAAGUGGUGGACUACACUCUUGCCCACACACUCUGAUUAAACUGAAGUUAAGGUGCCGUUGUUUUCAACAUCAAAUUUAAAAUUUCACUACAAAUAUUUACUAAGGUGACCAUUUGAACUAUUUUUACCAGCACAGUACUGGCUUUUGGAAAUUUGGUUAGUCAUGAGUUUUAACCAGUAGUAAAGUUAAAGACUAAUGAAAAAAAAAUGAAAAUGAUUAUUUCAACAGAAGAUGGAGUACAAAUUAUGAUAUCCAGGCAACAAAAAAUAUUUAAUUCAUACAAAUUAGCUUCACCCUUAAUGUUUUUUUUUAAAAAGACUGCCACACAGACAAAGAUUUUUUAGUGUAAACACUAAUUGUGUUGUUGUUGUUUUUUUAAUUGGACACCUAUGGCACCAAAACAACUUUAAAUGUUCUGGUUUUACAAUUGGAAAUUUUUGGGGUUUUAAACCUUGAAAAUAUCUAAAUGUUUUUUCUUUUAAAUUUGAAAAAAAAGGUCACUUUAAAAUUUACAUAAUUUUUCAGUAAGAAUCAACCAACAUUUUAAAGAUUUAUGGCGCUUUUAAAAUUUUUUUUACAGUAUUUGAGCUGUCUAAGAUUUCACAUACUCGAGAUAUAAUCAUUUUAAUGUAAUUCCUAAACAAACCAAAAAUUAUAACUAUUUGAUAAAAGGCCAAUGGAAAAGUUUGAUGUUUGACUAUUUCAAAUCAGUUUUAACAUGAAUUUUGUUGAGUUUUUUUCUUGUCUUCUUUUCUUAUGCAGCUGUAAGAAACGACAGAAACAAGAAGAGGAAGCAGAAACCGGAAAGCACAUCGGGCGGUCCCGACGAGGUGACGGAGGACGACCAGAUGUUGAUACAGGAAGUGCUUGACGCUCACCGUGAUACGACACCUGAUGGUGUCAAUGGCUCAACAUUGCCGGGCUCGAGUUCAGGGGCAGCGACUAGUUCAAUGGCAGCUAAUUCAUCACCAACCGUCGCCACCUCUACCUCAGUAAGCAACACGCGGCCGUUUGUCGUAGUCUGUUAUCUCACUUUCAAUGAACUCCUUACACCAUGCUAAACCUACUAAUACAAGCAAUCCCUUUUCAGAGGAAUUGACAACCCAGCAUUGCUUUCUUAACCUGAUAAUUAUGACCAUGUUCUUCUUCUUCUAUGUAUUAAGUGACUACGAUCAAUUUAUUGAUCAUUUUGGCUCCUAUGCAUGUAGAGAGGAUUUGCAAUGUUUCUGUGUCUGGUGUUGAUGGGGAUAUUUCACUGAUUCCAAGUGCGACUUUGUGAGGGAAUCAUGCACAGGGUUUAAAAGUCCUGAGGCAAUAGACACAAAUGUGUCAAGUGUUGUCACAUCAACUGUUCCUUUUGGAAGCUUGUUCCAGUCUCUGGUUGUUUUUGACAGGAAUGAGCAGAUCCUGUACUGGCUUCUUGCUGGUAUGAGUCCGAACUGCCUGUCAUGGCCUCGUCAUUGUCUAUGGGGGAGAGGGACGAGUUUCUGUUUAAUGCUGGAGCAGUGGACCAGCACAUUAUUUAUCUUGUAAAUCAUGGAGAGCCUGGGUAGUCGUCAAUGUUCCAGCAUGCUGUCAACACUAGAGGUGUUUCAGGACAAAGCGUGCUGCCCGUCGCUAGACGGCUUCCAACCUGUCGAUGCUCUUCUGGGUCAAUGGGUUUCAGACUGAAGAUGCAUAAUCUAAAAGCGGACAGACAAAGGCUUUAUAUUUAAAUAUAAUCCUCUUACUUUUUAAUGAGUCAGUCAAUUUAGUUUAAUGAGAAAUGUAAAAUGCAGCGCUUGUGGAUUUUGUAGGACUAGACUUAAUAAGAUGGAAGAAUAGAUAAGGAAAAAAAGUGCUGGUGCAUUGGUUAUCCAAGGUCAGGUGAUAAUUAUACACUGCAUGCCAAGACAAUUCAAGGAUUCUUCUUGACUAGACCAUGUUUAUAGAAAUUUGGACAUGCAUCAGUCAUAGAGUGUGUACACUUGUCAUGCAACCAAUGGUUCCCUUCUUUGUAUUUUCCAGGAGACCAAGUCAGAAGAUGAUUCUGGCUCAUCAGGAGUUUUUUUAUGGGAGAAGAUAACAGAGCUUUCAUCGGCCGGCAUCGUCAUGAUCGUCGACUUUGCCAAGAAAAUUCCCGGUUUUUUAUCAUUAUCUACCUCUGAUCAGAUCACUCUUUUAAAGGCAGCUUGUUUGGAAAUAAUGGUAACAACUCGAUAGAUUAGCCCCUUGAUAUAUUUAUGUUAAAACAACUCGAUGGAUUAGCCCCCUUGAUAUAUUUAUGUUAAAACCAAUCUUAAUAUUCAUUUAACUGUAACUGAGUAUAAAAAUGGAAAAGAUUGAUGAAUGAUUAAAUUCAAUCCAAAAUUAAAUGAUAGAAUUAUUGCAGUAUCACAUUUUAUAAAGUGCUUACUCCAAGUGACCUAUCGAAGGAAAAAUAGUCUAUAAAAUAUUUGUUCCUCCCCAAGAUCCUCCGAAUCAGCAUCCGCUAUGAGCUUGACACAGACACUAUGCAGUUUUCCAAUGGCCUGUCUUUAACCCGUGAGCAGCUACAAAGGGGAGGCUUUGGACCAUUGACCUCAACCAUUUUUUCAUUUGCUGCGUCACUGAAACGUAUGAACUGUGAUGAGACAGAGUACGCCAUGCUGUCCUCAAUAUGUUUGAUAAGUGGGGGUAAGUGAGAAGUAAAUAUGUACACAUUCAGUGCCUGUUUUGUAGAUAACAAGGUGCUGAUACUGGCGCUUUGAUUGGAGAGAAGCAGAAUUCUAGGGUGCUGAAGGGUCCAGGGCAAAGGUUAGGGGAAGGUCUGGGGAUAAUUUCAAAAUGCAAGAAUGAAUUUUGGCACAUACUUGAAUUUAAGUUUCCAGCAUUCUGCACUUGAUCAUUUACUGUCAACAACAAAAAAACGCACUGUACAUAUACUUUACAUUUGACAUAUUUUAGAAAAUGAUAAGCUUUUUAACAUUAAUGAUAAGGAAUAUUUAUCUGUGCUGCCCAAAAUCAUUGAAAAUACAAUGUUUAAGAUUGUUCAUGAAAUGAUAUUUUUUGGCUAAACUUUCCGAAAAGAACCAAAGAUGAUUUUUUCCAUUCUUACUGGGUUAAACAGUUUUCUUUAUGCUGUGUUUCUACUUUGAAGAGAAAAUUUAUGACACAACUGCUUCUUUCAUUACAAAUUUUAAUUUUAGAAUUAAAGAAUAAUAUUCCAGGCAUCCAAUAUCUCAAUUAAUGAAAAAAAGUUAAUUUCAAGUGAUUCUCUUGUGUCCUCAGAUCGCUCUGGCUUACAUGACACUGAAAAAAUUGAACAAAUGCAAGAACCCUUGCUGGAGGCUCUGAAACAUUACAUCAGGUCACGGCGACCUGACCAGAAACACACAUUUGCUAAAAUGCUCAUGAAGCUCACAGAUCUACGCAGCAUCAGUGUCAAAGGUCAAACACUUUUUUUUCCUGAUUUUUUAAAUCUUUUUUAUUUGGCUUGCACUUUUAUCAUGCUUAUAAACUAGCAUUUAUUAGCAACAUAUUUAUUUAUUUCAAAAUUGCCUGCUUUAUUUACUGUGCUAGUCAUCCCCUAUAUUUUGUUUAAUUAGAUAUGUUUGUUGUUUCCAUAUAAAUAUGUUUUUUUUUAACUUUUGAGGGCUUUGAAAUAGUAAUUAUAAUUUAUGAAUCAGAAUUUAUUUUAAAAUAAAUAUUAAAAUAUUUAAAAAAAUUAAUUUUACAUUAAAAAAAUAUGUGUCAUGAAGUCAGUUGAUUAAAAAAAAUUCAAUGUGUAUAUUACAUUAUAAAUUAAAAGUUUCCAUAACUGUGGUGACAAACCAACUGAAGAUAACUGUUCAGCAGUAUUUACAUAUACACAGAAUAAAGGGCUGAAAAUGUUUAGUUUAAAGGUUUCAUCGGUAAGACAAAAGAAUUCCAUACCCAGGAAUACACUUUAGUUGUGAGGAAUUAAGAAUUCGUUAGUCUCCAAUUUUCCAAAAAGACUAAAUUUUGCUGUGGGGUGCAAUAAAAUAAAGCAUGGGCGUUUCUGUUUGUUUCUUACAUAUAAUCCUCAUUUUUAAAGGGCUGCAUGAUCAUUCACACAUGUAGAGGAUGAAUAGAUGCAUACACUGAUAGAUAACAAAAACAUCUGCUCUAUCUAAACACAUAUUUUAUGAAAGCCACCAUUAUCACCACCCACCCACCCUCCCCUCCCCUUCCCUAUCAUUAUUUCACUUAUUUCCCAUUGAAAAAUCAAAACCUUUUAAUGCGGCAAUCUUAAAAUUUUUGUAAAAUAUAGGAUGCCACCUUUAAGGACAUAAAUGUUAGUCUAAAACUACUACAUAUUACAACAAGCUUAGCUGCAUUUAAAAUAAUAGGUUGUCUGUACAUGACCAAAACAUUAACUCUUAAUCCCAAACCAAAGUGUGACUGCACCAUUCUUAAAUAUUCCAAAGUUAAGUGGCUGAGAGAAGAGAACUGUACUUAAAAGAAAAUCAUCAGUUUAAAGACGAAUUCAGACACAACGAAAUAUAAGAGAAAAUUUCAUGGAGUUAUAACUAAUUUAACAAAUGUGGACUUUGUGACACACUGAGCCAUCAGAGCCGCUCUUAGGAGUUUGGGGGCUCUAAGCAUGGAGCUUGGUUGGGGGCCCCGGAAGGGGGGGGUCAAGGGGUGGAGCGCCCUUGAGCUGAGGAGAAAACACCACCCACCACUGCGGCACCUCCAUUCUGACUUCAUCAAUGUUUCCUCUUUCCCAUUUCCAUGGCCAAGCCCCCCGAUUUCCUGUCUGCCACCCCCAAAGCUCCCCCCUGCUGCUUCCCUUCCCCUGCCUCCGAAUUCAACUCAGAAUGAUAAAUUUCAGGAUGAGGAAGGUAACGUGAGUGACACAGACGGCUGCAGUGCCAGUUUAAAAAAAAACGGGGAAUUGAGGGCGCCUCACGGGGGCCCCCUCAUGUUCAAGGCCCUAUGUAUGCAGAUGCGUAGUCAGCGUAUGCCUAAGAACGGGCCUGGAGCCAUUUAAACAAAUCUGUCAUUAAAGACUUAACCAGGCUAAUCAGUGUUAGAAAGCUACCUCAAAACUUUAUUUUAAACUAUCUGAAACUUUUAAAAAUUUUCCCUUUCUACCACCUUGAAUCCAACAUUUGCUGAAUUCUUGCACCAGGCUUAUUUGUAUGCUAGCUAGGCUUGCUUACGUAGUUACAUAUUUCCACUUGCCAUUAUUUGCAAAUGUGAUUUUUAUUUUAAAAGUAAAAGUCCUUCCCCUACCCUCCUGGUGUAUAUUUGCAUCAAGCACGGCCAAUGUCUGUAGUGAGAUAACGUACUAUUCCUAAAUUUUCAUUUCAAAUACCAUAAACUAAAAAAAAUUAAAAAUUAAAAUUUUAAAAUGUAACAUUUAACUCUAAGACAUUUGCUGUGCUUUCACUUUCAUUGUAUUCAUGAAAAUUAACCAGAGGCAAAAAAAAAAAAAAAUUCUCAGUACAAAUCAUGAAUCAAUUCGUAAAGAAAAAUAUGGAUUGUGGGGUUUGAUUCAUAAAAAAUUAUAUAUAUUAAAAUUUGAGAAAUUUUUUUACUGCUGAUAUGGACAGGACAUUUUAUAUAUUUUUCUUGAGCUCACUAUUGAUGGAUAAUAUACUUGCAUAUAGUCAAUGUAUAAUAUACUUCCAUAUAGUCAAUGACUAUAUUUUUUAUUUCUUUUUUGCCUCUGUGUGGAGCUUUAAUUUUUGUUUGGUGCUUCCUGCUUGGCUUGCCCUUAUUUUUUGCCCUUUUUUUUGUUAUUUUGUUGCUUGUAGGUGAGAAACAGAUGUCCCCCUAUGCCUUGGACUGCCUACGUGACUUGCUGCUCGAACCCACCCCCAAACCACAACCUCCCUCACUUUACAGCCGAAUUCCACCUCCUCCUCCUCCCCGUCUCACCUAUGGGGGGAGGUCAGAAACUGUGACCUCGGCAACCCUUAGUGCUAGCCUUGACCUUGGCAACUCCCUGCCAGGUUUGAGAGCAGCAGCAAGCUCCCACGCGCUUAUGCCCCCGGCUUACCCAACCUCUAGUAGAGAUAGUGGCCUCGGUACUCUUACAAAUCUUACAGGUUCUAAAAUCAACAUCCUGGCAUCGUUACCAGGGAGGUGCCAAUCUGCCUCCAGUUUUCCAGGGUCUAAUGGUGAAGCUGCGCUGGCAAAUGACUUUGGGAUGGAUCCCCGACGUCCCCCAUCGAGACCCCAGUCAAGUGGAUCUCACACCAACAAUGGGCUAAGCCCUUUGACUUUCAGUAAUGGGAAAACCAGCAAAGAUCAUCAGCUUUAUCUUGGCCAGUGGGCUGCCAAGGAACAGCACCAACUUGGGCAGCAGUACCCAAUGUUUACUGGCUCAUCAAAAGGGGACAGUUUUUCUAUGGAGGCUCUGGAGGUUGUUGUGAAGCCAUCCUCGCGGUUGGCGAGCUCGUCCCCCUCUCUGAACCAGAGUCCAUCUGAGGCGGCCAGCUCUGAUCCUCUGCCGUCGCCUCAUUUUUUAUCUGGCUUACACCAGCAGCACGAAUACUCCUCACCAUCAUCUGACGCCAGCGGUGGAUUAACUUACCAGCCAAGCAGCUCAGCGGCUGGUAUCAGCUACUCGGCUGCAAGUACUGCCGCAUCUCAAGUUCCUUACUCAUCUGAUCAAUUUUUGUACACGUCGCAAUCUUCUAAUGAGCUCAUUCUCUCCCAGCUGGCUCAGGCCACCAUGGAGUAUACACAGAGCCUGAGGUCAUCGACUUCAACAUCGUCCACCACACCCAGCUUCUCAUCGAGGACAGAAAACUCAAGAGGUGCCGCCUCAAAUCAAGAGCUGUUAUCAGACCUCCACCAGGCUACUGAUAUUGCCUCACUGUUUAACAUCAACAACAACAUGCUUAUGUCUCAGGGCAAGGAAGACGUUCUACCUAUGUGGGUCACGGAGCUAAGAGAGGGAAAUCUUGUUUACAGACCAGAUGUCUUGGGACAGGCUCGAAACGGCUCAAUCGGGAUGGGAGCUAUGUCAUCUGACGCAUUACAGGGGAGCGUGGACUCCACAACGGAGGAUAACAUGAUAGAGAUGCCACUUAUAGACCCAAAGCAAGGAGUGGGAAAUGAUAAUGAGGCCAAACCUUCUUCAGCGAUGAGCAUAAGUCAGCUGAUUGGCGGUGCUAUGAAGAUUGAGCCGGAAGAUUGGAUGCAUUAUCCUGACACCCAAUAAUUCAAGUUAGGCAGCAAAAAAAAAUAGUAAUGCGCAAAUAGAUCAUGUUUGACUUAUCAUUAAGUUAGGUCCAUUUGCUGUUUAGGGUUUGCAUUUUUAAUUUUGUCCAAAUGUUCUUAACUAGAAAUAUGGAUUAGCUCAAACUUUUACAAGUAGCCUGUGGUUUCAGGUUAUGUUAUCUGGACAUUAUCUAAUAGAUAUUGUGGAUGCAGUAAGCAGUUUUGAAAUCAGUGGUUAAAAAUACAAUUAAUAUUCAACACAGACCAAAAAAAUAAUAAUAAUAAUGAACGGAACGGAAUAUUAAUCUCUUAGUAUUCAAAUUGAAAUUAUGAACAAAAUAAGGCACAAAAAGGCAAAUGAAACAAAUGGAAUUGACUAGUUAAAUAUGAGAAAUUUCCUAAUUUUCUUUUGCUCACCUCAAAACACAUUUUUCUUGUAUUUAACUAGAUUUGUAUUUUGUAUUGAGAUUUAUUACAAUGCCAGUGCAGUCAUUCAUUCAGACCUUUUGUCAAGAUGUUUCGUAUUCACAAGUUGAGACCACCAAAUAAGCCAUUGCAAUUAUCAGAUCAGGCAUGUGUCAUUUAAAUAUUGGGUAGAAGAAGUGUUCGAAAGCCACUGGCACCGGGGAUCACAUUAUGAGAACCACUAUAAUAGUUAUUUAAGAAUGACUUGAAUGUUGUUAGCAGAGGUUUUUUUUUUUUGCUAGCCUCUGUGAAGAUUGAAGAUUCAUGUGAUAUCAAAACCAUCUUUACAAACAAAAACUGGAGUAACAUAUUCUUUACAAUUUUGUCCUCGUUGAAUUUUGAUUACAUUUAUUUUUUGUGAACAUUUUGAUUCUAACUCAGGGAACUCAUUGAUUGAUUCUAACUCAGGGAACUCAUUGAUUGAUUCUAACUCAGGGAACUCAUUGAUUGAUUCUAACUCAGGGAACUCAUUGAUGCCUUUUUUUUUUUUUUUAAUUCAGUUUUUUAUUGGAGAAUAAUUUGGGAGAAGAAAAAAAAUGUGUAAAUAAGGGAUGCAGAAUUUGAAAGACUAAAUUUCACAUGAGCUCAUAUGAUACUAAAUACAGAUGCUAAAUAUGAACAUAACAGAAAAUAAAAUACAGAAUCUAAAUAUGAACAUCACUGAAAAUAAAUACAGAUGCUGACUAUAAACAUAACAGAAAAUAAAUAUGGAUGCUAAAUACAGCCUUUGUGACUGUAAACACCUGUUUUUUUCCAUUAAUUCAAAUAAUUUUUACAAACAUUUUUGUAAAUAGAUAAUUUGUGAAAUGUAACCAUCUUGCGUAACCAAAGAUUCAGUUUUAAAGUCGUCUUUAUUUCCAAUGCAAUGACGACUAAGGAAAAUUACCACUGUAAAACAUCCAUACCAUUCAUUAUUUCAAGCGUUUUUGUAUUAAAUGCCAGAGAUGGUCCCUACAGCAUUUCAUAAUGAUAUGGGCCAAAAAGCAGAGUUGCAGUAUUACCAUUGCAAAAUAGUUAUUCAGAUGUUGGGCAAUAACAGUAGUCUCUGCUGCCAUUCAAUGACAGUAUCAUAAUGAUAUGUUUGGGCUGCGAAUAUCUUUUUUUUUAAAGGCUGGAGACAAAAAUGUACAGAUGUAAUAAAAUAAACAUACUGUGUUUAUAUCGCUGAUUAUAUGUUUAUUUCAGGUUGUUUUUUUUACUCUUGUGAAAUAAAACUUUGAGGGAUGUCCUUCUUUUCGUGUAUGUGCCCAAGGGUACUAUUAAAAAGCAACCAAUGAAAUAUGCUGAUUUUGAUUCAUGCUAAUGCCACCCAAAUGUACAUAUAGCCUUUAUGGAACAAAUAAACCCAGUGUCGUUGUUUUAAUCCCUGUGUUAUUAUGGAAACCCGUUGAUCACGUUCUUCAAAUGAUUGUUUUCUUCUAUUGUAUUUUUUUUUAAUAGUGCUAUAUUUAAAAUGUUAAUUUUUCUUUCUAAAAAAUAACAACCUCCUCAUUGUUUAAUGAUUUCAGGAAACAAAAUUAAAUAAUUUGUUUAUCUUAUGUUCAGAAUAGACCCAUCUGGUGUAAAUGCAUAACCAAGGAGCUAAUAUGUAAAGAAUAAAAAAAUCUAUAUUCAUUUUUAAGAUUUAAUGCCAUUUUUAAAAAUUAAUUUUCUUUACAAAUUUCUUUAAUAUAAAUACUCUUCAUGGACUAGAUAAAUAUGUAACAAAAAUUUUCGUUUCAAAUUAGAAUGUAAAAAAAAAUAUGUUUAUUUAGGCUAUAUUAAGAGAAAUAAAAACAGCUUUAUUCUUCCGGAAUGAAACACUGGAUAUAAUAAAACAGAGAAAAGGAUUGAGUAUUUUUUUUGUUUUUUCUUAUAACAGCUGAUCAUGACAAACCCAUUGCAAUGGCCAUUUCAGAUAUUUGUGUACAGAUGCACUUCUUUUACAAUAACUUUAUUGUUACAUGUUGCAACUUUUAGAAAUAUGCUGUAUAUAUAUAUAUUUACUAGCAUAAUAGGUUGGGUGUAAAUUCGACAUGAGUAUAUGUUCAUGCUUGUCUUAAAUGCUUGUUAGCAAAACUUUUCAAACAUAUUUGUAUCUAGUAUUUUAGCUAGAAUUUUAUUUAACAUCUUUGUUUUCUUUCUUUUUUUAACUUCUAAAAAAAAAAUUAAAAAAUUUGAAGAAUAAUUUUUUGCUAUUCCUUGAGUUUAAUAUAUUAAAUUGAAUGAAUACAAAUGAUCUGCAUAGUAUUCAAAGACAUAAAUAUAUCUACCGUGACAUUGUCUGGAAUCUUUCUGUGAAAAUCUAUAAUUCCAUCUACAUUAAAAACAAAGUGUUUCUAGGAAGGCUGCAAGUAAACUCUUAUGGUUAUAUUUUUCUUUGUUUUUUAAUUUUCUAUUUUUUUCCUUACACCUGGUAUAACUAAAAUGUUUAUUAUGUUGUUAAAUUUGUUUUUUAAUGUUUUAAACUAGCAAGUAAUAAAAUACCGGUGAGAAAAUUUAUUUUGCUUUUCUUUACAUUUUAAAAAUUUUGUAACGUGAGAUUUAUUGUAAAAGCUAAUUUGAAUUCAGUCAUGUCAGGAUAUUUUUUCCCCCUUUAUAUUUUAAUUCUGUUGUCAAUACUCAUCCAUAUUAUAAAUAAUUUUAUGAUAAAUUGUCCACUGUCUUUUAAUAUUAUUUUCAGCCCAUCUUUAAAAAAUGUCGUAUAAAUUUCAAUUUUAAUUCCAAUUAUUUUUAAGACAUUAAAUUUCUGUGUCAUUAUUUGAAUUAUCUAAAGUUCCAUAACUAGACAGAUUUUAAAACUGAGAUUCAUAACAGACUCCCUAUAGCAUAAAUAUUAUUAUUUUUUAACUAUGAAAAUUAAAGAUUUUUGUAAUUUCAAACAAAUCAUGUGUCUUUGCAUUUUGUCCCUGGACAUUUUGUGCUACCGUAGUUCACAUGUAUUCUAUAUAUGCUUUUAAAGCUUCUUCCAUUUUUUUUUGUUUUUAUAUUAAGAUUUGCACCCUUGCAUGCUACCAUUUUUGUAUUGUUGUAUCAGUUGAGACUUAGAAGUAGCCCCAAUCAAUAUGUUAAAAAUAUUUGAUUUAGAAGUAACUUUAGCUGUUUUUAGUUUAAUAUUGUGAGGUCAUUAAAUUGUGCAAGCUGUGUAUACACAAAGGUAAGGUUAAAGCUAAUCUAUUUCUAACUUUUAUUAGCAUAUAUAAAGGUAGUUUUUCUAACCUUACACUUGAAGUUAUUUUAUGUUAAUUUCUUUUUAAAUUUAAAAGAUAUUUUUGUGGCACAGUUUGAUUAAAACUUGAAUAUGGUGGAAAAUAAAUAAUUUUAAUAUUAAUGAGAACCAUGCACUAUAGAAAUGAUAAGGAAUUUUGUUUAAAAUACAUAUCUUUAAUUUUUUUCAAAUUGUAAUCAGGUGCUGAAAAAGUGCUCCAUCUACGCUUAGAAAGAUAUGCUCAGUUGCCCCCCUUGGUUGUAGAAAUGCUGGAACGUGUUGAAAAUGUUUGCUUGCCUUGA